AACUCAACUAAAUCUGACUUAACUCACAUGACUCCCGUUUGGUUCCUCCCCCCUUCACGUCUACUUGGGAGUGUUUUUUCUCUGGAAGUGCUGGAGUCAGCAGAACAAUCUAAGUGUUGUCUUUUACAUAUGUGGGUCACUGUGGCCACACACACUUUGAUCUGACAGCCAUAAACAAAAAGGUCACUGAGGAAGACUUUCCCUUUAGCAAGUCAACUCAGGUGACAACAGACGAAAUGGAUGUCAAAUAUAAAUACCUAACUUAACUUCAAAUGGAUCCUGACUCCAAUCCUCUUUUAUCAGGGGUAUAAAUGUGUUAAACUUUAAUAUAUCUCAAUGAAAAAGCAGACAGAAAUCCAACCCAGCCUGCGAACGUAACACUUUAUUGCCUAAAGUCAUAGACUUCAAGUUCUAACAUCACAACAACAACAGAUUUUCCCACGAGUUUCUUUGAAAACAAACAGCACAUCCCGUUCUUUAUAAAUGUAAUUGUUGAAAGGUUUACAGGAGUUACGAGGCCAAAACGAGAUGUCAAAGAUCACAUAUAUGCUCUGGAAGCUGCAAAUGACUGUAAUCAUGAGGCGGUGAAAUUUAGCUGCAGCAUUACCUCGUCUAGAUCGGCCUGUUCCUCAAAGAAAAGUGAUAGUUGGCUCACUAAGCUGCCAAAAGCUCAACAGUAACACAGGGCUGUAUUUUUGCCACGCUACGUAUAUGUGGUAUCACAAGUUUUGUCGUCAAGUUUUUUCUUACUCUCUCCUCCACUCUCUGUAGGCGACAGUGUGACAAAACAAAAGCCCACCCACUCUUAAUAUUGCGAAAGCAAACAGAGUAACCUUAAUGAAAAGCCCAGUGGGGAAAACACCCUGGGGCUUGAUAAAGUCAAGGUUGAACUUGUUGGUCUCGAUUGAAUAUUAACGGGAAGAGAUAUUUUAGCCAUUCAGCUGAAACAACCUCAGGCUGAAGUGCAGAGUCAUUUCUAUCAACACUGUAGUGAUCCGAGCUCCACAGCUGAGGGGGAAGAAAAAAGGAAAAACAGAUCUAGUUGGCCCGCGUCGAGGUUGGACUUUAAUCCCACAUAACAACAUUUGUGAGCUGACCUUAAGAGGAGUGCAGGAAGUCCCAGCGUGGCGUGUGCUAACUGCUCAAUGAGAGAGAAAUUUCCUAAUAGAGUAGUGUUAAGGCGGAACCGACUCAAACACACACUGUUACUGCUGCUGGUUGGAAGAAGAAUCACCCAGGUCCACCUUUAAAUGCUCUUGUUAAUUUGUUACAUCUGAUUUAGUCUCCCUUCAGGUUCAGUAAAUAUGAUGAUUGGACACGUUUAACACGCUGAGCACAGUCGAUUUCCUACAAAAAUAGUUGCCUGCUCUUGUUUGGACUUUUCCCACAAUGAGAGCUUUGAACGGUUGGUGCUGUGUUGACAAGAGGAAGUGCAAAGGGAAUUGGUUAGGGCACCUGCUUUGUGCAACCGAAGGACGGACUCAUGAGUGUCUGUAUCUGUGUUGACUGGUGCUUGGGGGGUAAAAGCUGAAGACAUUUGGAUCAUGACGACAGAAAGAAACAGCAAAGCCCUGAAGGUGAAGCAGGAAUGUGGCGAGAAUGUGCCCGUCCUCUCAGACAGUGAGCUCAUGUCCCUCACGGUACGGGAGCUGAACCUCCACCUGCGCGGCAUGUCCCGCGAGGAGAUCCAGAAGCUGAAGCAGCGGCGCCGCACCUUAAAGAACCGGGGGUACGCCGCCAGUUGCCGGGUCAAACGGGUUUCCCAGCGCGAGGCCCUGGAGCAGCAGAAAAUGGAGCUCCAGAGGGAGGUGGAUAGACUCGGCGCAGAGAACGCCGGCAUGAGGAAAGAGCUGGAGGGCCUCGGCGCGCGCCUGGCCGCUCUCCAGAGAUUUGCCAGGGGUCUGGAGGCCGGCGGGGGCAACCUGCUGGCCACGGCGCCGCGUCUCAACACCGCCUCCGUCAUCACCAUCGUCAAGAGUCCACCACAGCCUCAGGCACAGAGAGAACACGAGCCGUCCUAGAAGGAGCUGCUGGGACCAGACUUGGGGAGGGAUGCACAACCUGCAAUGCAAACACACAUUCAUACACACACACCCGCAGGCAUACAUGUACUAUACACAUGCUAAAGAAUAGGAAGACAAAUAGGAAAAUUAGCAGGAAUAUACUAAAUCCUUGUGUGCGUCGAGCCCCGUUCACAUGACGACGGGCGUCACUCAGCCGUGUGUGUGACACGGCGCCGACAGUGCGGCGUGUGACAUCAUCGCAACGACAACAGCUACGUUUCAUUUUCUAAAGCAACAGCUGAGAAUUCAUCCAGGACAAGUGGAGGUGUCCUCUACUUCAUGCUAUUUUUUUAUAAUGCUAUAGCUUAGCCCGACUGAAAUUUACUCAAGUGGGUUUGUUGAGAAACCCAAGAGCUCAGUUAUGUUCAGAACAACGCAGCAUGUGCAUUGUGAGCGAGGCGUCGGGCACAGGCGUGUGCAGAAUCCUCACAACUCGAAACAGUCGACUGACUAAACUCACUGGACUGAAGCCGGAACAGAGUUACUGUACAUCUCCCACCACUCAACGAAUCCAGUCCACGCCAGUGCUCCCUGAACGUGCUGCCGAACGACCAGCUUCAGCCUCUCCCCUGUUUUCAGUUUAUGGCACCUGACCAACAAGCAAAAAAAGAAACGCCAGGGUGGAGCUGACGUAUGCCAUGCGCUGCUUCCUCUAGCUUGACAAACGUCUGCAUUCCUGGUACAGUUGUAGUCUGAAGCUAGCUAGUGUUUCCUCAUAAGCAGGCCAGGGUCAUGUGUUGCUGUUAGCAUGUAAGAGAAUGUUUCACUGUAUGAAUCACUUAGUCAUUAACGCAGAAUUUCUCAACUUCAGCGUCACUUGAUAUCCAGGCAGGGGCAACGGGGGAUUCCCCAGACUCCACACUCGCAUUCUGACAUUUCCUUCAUUCUUUCAAAAAAAACAAAAAAAAAAACACAGCAGUAUGCUACCUAACAGCUCCCGUAGCAAUGAGGCCACGAGGAUUUUGGAAUCAAAUAGUUUUUACACACUCCAGAAAACAGGUUGAGAAUCGCUGUGUUCAUGAAUUCAAAACGGUUCAUUAAGUGAAAUGUCUUAGUUUUGGGUUUUUCAGUCUCCCUUCCUGUUCUGGCCCUUGGUUCGAGGAGAAAGUUCCGUACGACUUGUGUACACAUUUCCCACAUUACUGCAGUGCCUUCAGUGUAUGUCGGAGUUAUAAUAAUGGAAACCUAAGAGAGAGAAGGUUGAAAGACUGUAAUCGCUCCUUCUUACCUGUUCAUGAUCACACAUUUCCUUUUUUUUCUCUUUACAAUUCCUCCUUUAAACCACCCCACUACUCGUUUCACGAUCCCCUAAUUUUGAUACACUUUGCUGCGGCUUCCCUCCUUUUUCUAUAUCUGCUAGACUCCCAACAACAGAUGUUGGUCAUUUUGCCAAAAACGUGUCAAAGCGGAGUCGCAUCUGGUCGGUAUUACACACUCACAAACGAUGCAAAUCCUCUGCAAACAUUCCCGGUUUUGUGUUCUUAUUUGUAAUGUUUGUAUGUGCCGUUGAGAGACGAAAAUGUUGAGUGACAUUUAUCAGAGAUAUAUUCUAUAUUUUAUUUGUAUUUAAAGGUAGAUAUUAUUAAAAAGACAAGCUAACGAGUGCUGUGAUGUUCUGUUUUCGGACGUACUUAUGACUAGUCUGGGGAUAUUCUCAUGUCUAAUAAUUGUGUUGUGUGGCGACGGUGAUUACUUUGCGAAAAUGUUAAUUAUUAGCUCAGUAGAAGUAUGCUCAAAGCCAAUGGCCAUAUUGCUGUAUGAUUUAUUUUUGUGUGUGUGUUUUUUGCCAUGUUUGUACUGGCGUGUCAUAGUGGAUUCUUGGAGGGAUAUUAUUUUUCUAUGAUGGUUUAUAUGUUAUUUGUGUGAGGAAAAAAUUAAGGUCACUUCUGAAUUGGCCAGGGUGGGCAGAAACCCGGGAUGUCGGGUGGGAGGGCGCGGAGAGAGAAAGAUGGCGAAGGGGAGGAGACGAGAGAGGGCGGAGCUGUUGUUGGCUGAUGGAGAAAGAAAGUAGAAUGAAGGAAAAAGGCGGGCUGGGAAAGGAAGGCGGUGAGAGGUGGCGUUUGAUUCACUUGAAACCCUCGGUCGGUCGUCGGCCUGUUUGAGUCGAGUGGAGCUCAAACAGGCCUGGAUCUCAUAGAGUCUAGGCCACUGAAUAGUGCUAGCAAUAUCGUUUCUAAGCAGGCAUUGCAACACAUUAGACUGUGUUGACAAAUAACUCCUUUAAGAUAUGAGGCAUAUAUUUAGCUAUAUGAAUAUCAGUGUGGCAAAGCAUUUAUUCUCAAUAUUUUAAUGUCUCACAUCUGUCAACUUGUGCUGGAUGUUUUGUAAUACUUGCAAAACAAAAAUGGUCUUUGUAUUUAUUACCUGUAUUUUUUCUAUUGUGAAAAUUUAAGUACAUUGUCUAUUUUAAAUAUUAAUUAUAAUAAAUGUUGUACAUAUUGUACAUAAAAUGG